UCUAUUCUCCAUUCUCUUCUCGUCUUUAAAAAAAAGAGAGAAUGAAAGCAAGAUUCUUAGCCAAUCUCGGCUUCUUGACCCUCUUUUUUGUUGCUACUACCCAAACCCAUUGUUCAUGGCCUCGUCUUCUCCUUCUCUUCUCUCUCUUCCCUUUGCUCCUCAAUUCUUGGUUAGUUCCAGGACCAGGAGGCUUUGCAUGGAGAAACCACCACAACUUCUCUUCAACGCUGCACGGUCCAAUUGGGUGGCCCUUACUGGGAAGCAUCCCUACACUGUUGGGUCACCUCAAUCAUCGUAAACUGGCCGACCUAUCGGCUUUACACGGUGCAACACGUCUUAUGAGCUUCAGCAUGGGCCUGACACGUGUCGUGAUCAGUAGCCACCCUGAUACUGCUAAAGAGAUCCUCUGUGGGUCAGCCUUUUCUGAUCGUCCAAGAAAAGAAUCCACCCAUCUGCUGAUGUUUGAACGGGCCAUUGGAUUCGCACCAUCAGGGGAGUACUGGAGACAUCUGAGACGGAUAGCAGCGAAUCACAUGUUCUCUCCACGGAGAAUUGCCACUCUCGAGGGUCUUCGACAGUGUAUAGUGGAUGACAUGCUGAAGGAAGUGUGGAAGGAGAUGGAGUGGAAAGGGUUUGUGGAGGUUAGAAGAAUACUUCAAAAGGGUUCUUUAGAUAAUAUUGUAGAGAGUUUGUUUGGGAAGUCUUUGUGUUUGGAAGGGAAGGAGUUGGGUUUAAUGGUUAAGGAAGGUUAUGAGUUAAUAGAGAAGUUUAAUUGGGAGGAUUAUUUUCCAUUGGGGUUUCUGGACUUCCAUGGAGUGAGAAGGAGGUGUGGUAAGUUGGCCAUUAGGGUUGAUGGUCUAUUGCGUCAGGUGAUAGAGGAGAGGAGAAGGGAAGAGGGAGGGUACUGCAGGAGCAGAGAUGACUUUCUCAGUGUUUUACUUGCUUUACCGAAGGAAGACCAAUUGAGUGAUUCCGAUAUGGUGGCUGUUCUGUGGGAGAUGCUAUUUCGGGGAACAGAUGUGCUUGCCAUCCUUCUUGAAUGGAUCAUGGCAAGAAUGGUGUUGCAUCCAGAUAUUCAAGCCAAAGCCCAAAAAGAAAUCGACAUACAGAUCAGCAAAAAUCGGCACGUGCGAGACUCGGACAUUCUCAAUCUUCCUUACCUUCAAGCUAUAGUUAAGGAAGUCCUCCGAUUGCAUCCUCCGGGUCCGCUACUUUCAUGGGCCCGCCUCGCCACUCACGAUGUCCAUGUAGGCAAGUUCUUUGUCCCAGCAGGCACAACAGCAAUGGUGAAUAUGUGGGCUAUAACCCACGACGGGUCCAUUUGGAAUGACCCAUGGGCCUUCAGACCGGAACGGUUCUUGGAAGAAGAUGUCAGUGUUAUGGGCUCAGAUUUAAGGCUUGCUCCAUUUGGGUCGGGCCGUCGGGUGUGUCCAGGUAAGGCCCUUGGUUUGGCUACUGUUCAUUUAUGGUUGGCAUGUCUUCUCCAAAAUUUUGCCUGGUUCCAAGUCCCAACCCAUUCCGUCGAUCUUUCUGAAUGCCUGCAUCUCUCCCUCGAAAUGAAGAAACCAUUGGCUUGCCGUGUUCUUCAUCGGAGACCCACAAUGCAGUGAAGACAGUG